AUGAAGUCACUUCACCCAUUUGAGGGCGUAGCUUGCAAUUCAGAGUACCUUAGUGAAAAAAUCCGUUGCUCUUUUUCCAGUAAGCCACCAUGGUGAAGAUCCUGCAGGCCUACAACUUCGCCAGGCAACAGACCUACGCGCUGAAUGGCGACAUCCUGGCGGGCAGUCUGAUCGGCAAUAACCGGAUAGCUAUCAGCAGUGCGGAGCAGUUCAUUGAGAUCUACGACAUAGGGGGUAAGCAGCCUCAGUUGGAGGAAACCAGGGGAGCGCCGUCCGAUGAGGGGCAACAUAACGAGGCUGGCGGAGAUUCGUCCACCAGCGGAGGUGACGAGCGAACGCCGAGCAGGAACACUCUGGCCACGGUGGGAGAGGUAGUGCAACUGAUUUACUGUGAGGCUGGCAAAUACCUGCUCACCCUGGAGAAGGAGCAGGCGGGCAGUCCAGUGCACUCCUCCUCCACCAUCAGCUGCACAUCGAGCAGCAACAGCAACACGGUCUGCUCCGAGGAUGACACCAAGAUGUUCGUGCGCAUCUACGCCAACUUUUGGAAGUUCCCUGACAGCCGGCUUAACGAGCUACCCAUUACAAUCCGGAUUGCUUCGAUGACCACGCCCAAGACGCCGCUGGUUGAGAGCAUCGAUGUGAUCGAGCUGCCGCUGCGCAGUCCGCCGGAGCUCGUGCAGUGUUGUCAGACCUCCGGCAACAUUAUCGUGAGCAGCCGCGACAGGAUCUACCUGUACGAGUACACGCAGUGUGUCCACGAAAACACCCAGCCCAGGUUCGCCUUCAUCGACUUCCUGCCCUUCAAGUUCUUUGUGCAGCUGAACUUCGUUCCGGUGCGCCUGUGCCUCGCCGAGAACGUGAUAGCCUGCCUCAGCCAUCGCUACUGCGUGGCUUUCAAGGUGGUGGACGCACUGGCAAACCGGGCCAGUGCAGGGCAGGACGUGAGCUGCCUGGACAACGACUACGGGGGCGGAGAUGAGCCGCUCUCGGAGUCGCUGAGCCUAGGCAGUAAGGCUAGUGUCAGUGGCGGCGGCGGAGGUGUGGUCAGCUCCAGCCACAGCCAGCAGAGCUGCGAGAGUGACUCUCUGCAGUCGACGAGCAGUGGAAAACCGCCGGUGGCGAUGAACGGAGCCUUGCCCGGACGGUCUCCCCUGGACUUCAACGUGGCCAAGAUGGUUAACAACGCCUACGGAAAGGAAUUUGAGCCGGAACUGCGCUCCCAGUGGGAUGACAGCGAGUUCGGAGGAGGACGGGGUCAGGAUGAGAACCAGGAUAUUACCAUCGGCCCCCAGCGAGCCCAGGACAUUAAAAUCAAGCUCGUCAACGAGGCCAAGGCCAUGAAUGUGAGGGGCAUCGCCGGGGGCAGCCACCAGGAUGACGCCUCGGUGCAGUAUGAUGUGCGUAAGCUGCUUCAAAUCUGCAUGAAGACUUCUGAGAACCAGCCGCGGGUUUUGGACAUUCUCCGCUGCAUGGACCUCAAGGCCAUAUACCAAAGAAGCAGCCAGGGAGUUGACCAGGAGGACGACGAGUACGACAUGGGCAACCAACAGGUGCCGAGUGCGGUGACCACCUUUAAGCACGUCAACCGAAGGACACUGAAGUCUUCGCAGCACCAGAGGUGCAUGGGCCACGCCCUCUUGGUGGCCAGCAGUGUGGACGGCUUCUUGUACCAGUUCUCCGCCCAAGGGAAGUGGUACAGCGAGAACGAGAAACCGGUGGCCAGCUACAGCUUCACGGCUCCGGUAAUCCAGGUGCACAUCAACGACUACGUGGUGUACGCGGUGACUUCCGAGUCCGUAGAAACGCACACCUCGCGCAUCGGGCACAAGCUCUUUCACAAUCGCUUCGAGUACCCCUCGAUCGGCGGUCUGUUCCCGGAGGAAUCCGCCCCGGAUGUGAGCUCUCCAAUCGCCGUCGUGGGCUUGGCCGCGUUCAUGCACGUUCAGUUUGUGUGCGUGAACCGGGAGCAACUGGUGCUGAUCACGAACGCUGCUCUGGAGCUACACAAGCGGCGCAGCACCGGCGAGGUGCCCAGCGGUCAAGUGGUUGCUGUCAAGAGAAACAUUGCCGCACGCCUGCUGGCCGAGGCCAAGGCCAAGCACAGUAGCCUGUUGAGGAGCAACAGCGCAGCCCAAUCCUCGACGGUGCCCAACGAAUGGACUCUGUACAACCUGGAGAUUCCUCGCGUGGAGAGCGUCAUCGAGGACCUUGAGGCCAUAGCGGAGUCGUACCGCAGUGCGAGUAGCUGCAAUUUCUACGAUCUCAUGGAGGAAGCGCACGUCAUGCUGCGGCUGAGCCUAACUUUGCAGGGCGAUCGUUUGGGAGCGGAGCGGGAGCAGCUGCUUCGGAAAAUGUUCGCGACGAACUGCAGAAAGCUGGCCGACUUUUCCAUACGUUCCAGUAAACAGGAGGUUUAUCUCCAGGCCACGGGAUUUUACAGAAUGUGCCAGCUGCAUCUGGUAGAUAUCUUCAAUAACUACAUAGAGAACUUUAUGAAUGGUGGUGAGAGCGCGGAUACCACUGAGCUCGCGGGACUGAUAUACACGGUUAAGUUGUUUUUGCUCAGCCUGGGGACAGAUCGCUUGAAGUCAGCCUUUUUGAACCAAACGGUUCGUCCAUACUUCACGCCGGCUCGCGUGAUUCAGCAGGGCUACAAGCAGGUUCCACUCUCGCUGGAGUUCCUCAACAUGUUCAUAAAACACUCCCCGGUGGAUAUUCCGCAGAUAAUGCUAAUAUCUCCAGUGGUGGCCGACUCAAUGAGUGGGGAGCUGAUCAACUACCUAAAGUAUUUGGACAAGCUUUCCUCUGACGAAAACCUGUUGCUUGCUGUGACCGCCUGCCGCAUGUCCAACUAUCUGCUGGCUCAGGAGAUCAUUGCGAAGUCCACAAGACGCAGCCUGGCCACCGCAUUGAUCCGGCAUAAGAACGUUCUGUUUGACGACAGCACUGUGAUCUAUCAGCGACGCCAUCAGCAGCAAGCUGACUCCCAGGUGUCUAACUCGAAGGCUAUGAAAACUCGUCGGGUCGGAGGAAAGAGCAAGGUCGCUGCGGUCAGUACGCCUACUCCGAGCACCAUCGUUUCCUUCUCGGACUUCAGCGAGACGAUUCUGCUGGCUAAUGAGCAGCCAGCGCUAAUUGAAGCGAUCAGCGACGCCUUCAUCCAUGCGCUGUGCAUUGAGCACAGCAUGACGCUGGACAUGAUCCUGCAGCUGUUUCUCAACUACAUCGCUUCGCACAUUGGCCAGAAGGGAUACCAGACCUCGCAGAAGGUGUUCGUGAGCAUUCUGCAGGUCUACUUUUACGAUCUGUACGACGUUAGCUCGACUCUGCAGCCGCACGAGAUUCGAUCGCAGACUCCGCCGCAACUGGACGACGAUUACGACGAGGAGUGUAGCAGCUCGCGGGCUCCUUCGCUGCACAGCGAGGCGGAUGCCCAGUCCUUGUCCAGCUCUUGUGCCAGUUCGGCGCAUGAGGACCGGUCGGCAAGCCUCUCAAUCAGCGGCAGACAGCAGCGGAUUGUCUACGACCAGCUGCAGGAGCAACAGUCCUCGCCAUUUCAGAAGCGAAACUCAAAUGCCUCGCUGUCACAGCCACAGGCGGAUGACGACGUGGCUGCUACUAAUCUCAAGGGUCUUAAGAUCCUCUUUCGCAUGUACAUGGGCCGGCUGAAGGCCCUGAGUGAUCUCAUUACCGACCUGCAGUCAGCGGAUGUGGAGCAACAGACGAGCCGCGAGGAGUUUAUGAACCUGCGUAUGGAAUGCAUCUCCUACAUGGUCGGCAUGGCUCCGAACUACUGCCCCAAGCCGACCAUCAAGAACCCCAACGAUCCGCUGGCCGGCAAGCUAGUCUACGUGCCCUUCAUCCCCGACUACAAGCUGCCCGAGGGCGAGGAAUACGAUCGUCACAUCAAGGCCUACAUUCGCCCAAUACCGUGCCUGCUGGAACGGCCGCAGUACCUAAACCGCUUGCCGCCCUUCGAACGCAGCGACUUCAGCUACCCGAACAAGGACGAUGGGGAGUUCGAGGUGCGGUUUCUAAGUUGGCAUAACGAGCUGCUGACUCUCACCCUGAAAAUUCAGAGCCUGCUAUCCUCCAGCAAGGUGGAUCGCGAAAUCAUCUCAGAGUUUCUCGCCUUCAUACAAAAGUCUCCGCACUUGAUGGGAAUCGACAGUUUCCUCGUAAUCGUUUUGCCCAAGAACUUGGCAAUUAACUACCUGCUUAGUUUCUGUCCGGCAUUUCUUUGGCAGUAUGGAAAGUCUUGUGGUUUCACGCCCAAACAUUGGGAAAGUCUCUUGCGAAAGAUUCUCAGCAAGCAGGAGGUGUUGCCCAAUUGGAAGGCACACAUAACGGAGAUACUAAACAACUUGGUGGCUGAGCUGAGCUUCGAAGAGCUCCUGCAGUGCUUUCCCAGCGAGGUGAUCCAAAACCGGAACACGGCGCAGUACUUUGCCAAGGAAUUCGCCGAGACGUGUGUCCUUUAUGAGCACGAGGAGCUCGUCUUCAAAACUCCAGAUCGGAAAGAGGGUCACAGGGAUCACAUGCCAAUGGACAACAUCGACGAGGACAAUGUGUUUGAGUUGACUCUUCGCAAGGCGGUGGCCAAACAGCGAAGUAUUGCCUUGAGGUCCAUGAUCGAGUCCACUGGAACCCAGCUAUUCGACGCUACCAGCAAUCCCAUGUACAACCUGUAGUCGAACAACAUUCCACUUUGAACUAGUUUGGGACGAAAUAAUCAUAUUUAAAAUCGAUAAGAUUGAUUGAUAUUAUCGUAGCAAAGUAGAGAACACGGAAUCUUUGCUUUCACUCCGUGAAUUGAUAGAAAUGUAUUCUGUAGUUUUAGGACACACCCAUAACGAGGCAUUAUUUAUUGACAAUUUUGUUUGACACAAAACGCAACAUUCGGAUACGGACACUUGGGAUGAUUUAUGGAGCUGACGGGAAAGAACUACUAAUCUGUAGGUUGUAAAACUAACCAGCUCGUCCCGCAUUCAUGCGGUAUUUGCCAUAUUAAACCAGUUGUGUGAUCGGAGUAAUUAGAAAACCUUCUCUCUACCUGUAUUGUAUUCGUACGCAAUGUUAAUCCAAGUUUCCUUUGAACUAAGCUUUAGAACCCUUAAAGUAUUUGUACUCUAUUUAAACAUUAGUUUUAUAGUAUCUGUAUUUACCCACACCGCAUGGCACACUCUCUUACAACAAAAACAAGAUCAAGUGAUAUUUUUAAUUCUUGCAUUGAAUCUGAACAAUAAAAUCAUAAUAACAGUA